AUGGCCGCCGCCAACCGACAGGGCAAGAUGAUCAACUACCGCAUGAAGGUAACACUUCAGGACGGCAGGCAGAUGGUCGGGCAGAUGCUCGCCUUCGACAAGCACAUGAACCUCGUUCUCGCCGACACGGAAGAGUUCCGCCGCACACGACGAAGGGGAAAGGCCGCGCCCGGCGCAGCGCAGCAGGUCACCGAGACUGAGGAGCGACGCGCCAUUGGACUCACCAUCAUCCGCGGCGCGCACGUCAUCUCGCUGUCCGUUGACGGACCACCACCCGCUGACCCAGCCGCGCGAUUGGGUGCAGCAUCUGGUGGUCCUUCGACUGCUGCGACGCUGGCUGCUGGACCUGGUGUUGCACGGCCAGCAGGACGUGGGCUGCCGGUUGGUCUGACUGGACCUUCGCCCGGUGUUGGAGGGCCUGGAGCUGGCUUCGGUGCACCACCGUUCGCCGGUGGCCCACCAGGAUUCGGAGGGCCGCCCCCUGGCUUCGGUGGACGUGGAGGACCCCCAGGUGGACCUCCUGGCUUCCCUCCUGCUGGCGGACCCCCCGGCUUCGGCGGGCCCCCAGGUUUCGGCGGUGCACCGCCUGGCUUUCCCGGCCGUGGCGGCCCUCCUGGAUUCGGUGGACGUUAA